AUGGAGUAUAAAUUCGCGCUUCUCAAACACGCUGAGCUUCGAAACUUAGAGAUUGAAAUUUCGAAUCACGUGCCUUCGAAUUCGCGUUGGAUCGACGCAAGGGGUGGCCAAAUUGUUUCCCAAUUCAACCCGCUAAUUCCGCACGCGAGAAAUACCGCUGUGCAAAAUUUAGUAUCGCCAUCGCGGUCGAAGAUAACGCGUAUCACUCUAUUGCGAAACGUACGCAGUGUGCGUAAGAACUUGAUCCAAUAAUUUACGGGCUGGCUGGCGGCACAAUGACCGGCGAAUAUAAUCGCCACGAAAUAACGUGUAGAACAAAUGAGGAUGUACCGAUCUAUUCGCUGCCAGUGGAUGGAAACAAGAGACUACGGUUUUAAAUAGAUUUCACGCGCAGCUUGGUAUAGGUGCGCUUACUAUAAAUCGUGGACACGUCAUUCGCCGGAUACAAACAGCGUGGACGCAUAGAAGAGAGAGCUAUUGUCAUAAAGAGUUUUGAAUACCGUGAGCAAAUAACAUCAAACAUCCACAAUGCAGAGGCAAUCAAAGCCGAAUAUUCGGAUGUCUGUAAAACAUCAUGACCCCCAGAACCUAACAUUUUCAAUGUUCACCGCUGAAGACAUACGCAAUUUAAGCGUCACCAAGAUAAGUACGCCGCUCUCAUUCAAUGUUUUGGGCCAUCCGCUGAAAGGUGGACUGUACGACCCAGCUUUAGGACCGCUGAGCGACAGAUCAGAUCCUUGUGGAACCUGUGGCGGCAAUAUUGUAAGAUGUUCAGGGCACUUUGGGCACAUAGAACUGCCGGUGCCGGUAGUGAAUCCGCUAUUUCACAAACAGCUUUGGACCUUAAUUAGGCUCUCUUGCUUGUCAUGUUUCAAACUUCAAAUAUCAAGUCGUAUGAAGUUACUUUUAGUGGCUAAAAUAAAACUCUUGGAAGAGGGAUGCAUUGCCGAAUUAGAGGAACUAACACAAGAAAUCCAGCACAUCAUAUCUUCAAUGAACGAAGAGGAGGGUGCCGAAGAAUUCGUCAGAGAAACAAUCGAUGCUUUUAUGGAGAAUAUGCACAAUCGCCAAAGAUUCAAUCACAAUGUGCAGCUUGCUUCUCAAGAAGAUAAUGCUACUACAAAGAAUACAAACAUUCAGAGAUUCGUCUACAUCGACAACACACUCAAGCAAUUUCGUGCGGGUAAUCUUUGCUUAUACUGCCAGUGUGCAAUUCCCAAAGUUAAAUCAUUCAGAAAUAAAAUAAUGACCACCAAAUCAGCAAACCUCGAGACAAGCGAAAGUAUUAUCCAGCGAGGUGUCGUUCGACGAUUAAAUACAGUUCUGAUCAUGCCCGACCAAUCUCAAGAAUACUUGCGUCAAUUGUGGUUAAACGAAGCAGAUUUAUUGAGGGUAAUAAUGCCCUGCUUGAAUUCGACUAAAAUAGAGCAUCCGACAGACAUCAUGUUUCUCAAGGCCGUAGCUGUACUUCCACCCCUUGUACGGCCAGUGAAUUACCUUCAGGGUCAAAUGAUCGAGCAUCCUCAGUCCCAAGUAUACAAGAGCAUCAUACAAGACUGUCUUGUGCUCAGAAAUAUCAUACAAACUAUACAAGACGGAAACACUUCCCAACUUCCUGAGGAAGGCAGGCUUGUUUUCGACCAAAUCAGAGGGAACUCGGCGGUGGAAAAACUUCACAAUGCUUGGGAGCAGCUCCAAACAAACGUGGAUCAUGUGAUGGAUCGAGAUAUGAACAAGACAACCCAAUCUGCAAGUUGUCAAGGUCUAAAACAGGUGAUCGAAAAGAAAGAGGGUAUUAUUCGCAUGCACAUGAUGGGAAAGAGAGUAAAUUUUGCAGCCAGAUCCGUCAUCACGCCAGAUCCCAAUUUGAGUAUCGAUGAAAUAGGUAUCCCGGAAGCGUUUGCCUUGAAACUGACUUACCCAGUUCCAGUCACACCAUGGAAUGUUGCUGAAUUACGAAAAAUGAUACUUAAUGGACCAAACGUUCAUCCAGGGGCGGUCAUGGUAGAAAAUGAAGACGGUUCAGUGAAACGUCUCUGUGCGACAGGAUUUGUCGCACGAGAAGCAAUUGCAAAGCGUUUGUUGACGACAAGCGUUAAGGCAGGAAGUUUUUUCCGUGGAACGAAAAUUGUACAUCGUCAUUUGCAGAAUGGUGACGUACUACUUUUGAAUCGUCAGCCAACUCUACAUAAACCGAGUAUCAUGGCUCAUAAAGCCAGAAUACUCAAGGGUGAAAAAACGUUGCGUCUUCAUUAUGCAAACUGCAAGGCGUACAACGCUGACUUUGACGGAGAUGAAAUGAACGCUCACUUUCCCCAGAACGAACUCGCGCGAAGCGAAGGUUACAACAUAGCGAACGUUUCGAAUCAGUAUCUCGUUCCAAAAGAUGGCACACCUUUGAGCGGUUUGAUUCAAGAUCACAUGGUUUCUGGUGUACGAUUAACGCUGAGAGGAAAAUUCUUCUCGAGAGAAGAUUAUAUGCAGUUAGUUUACUCUGCACUGACGGACGUUCAGGGUGAUCUGAUUUUGUUGCCACCUGCUAUAAUAAAGCCGAAGUUAUUGUGGUCAGGUAAACAAAUAUUGUCGACGGUAAUAAUAAAUGCCACACCAAGAGGCAGGGCAAAAAUCAAUUUAACAGCAAGUGCAAAGAUCGGUCCUAAAGCAUGGGAAACUAGAAAGCCACGACGAUGGAAAUGCGGCACAGAAUUCGAUGAUCCAAAAACUAUGUCGGAAGCCGAAGUUAUUAUUCGUAACGGUGAACUGCUUUGCGGUGUUCUUGACAAAAUACAUUACGGAGCUACACCGUACGGACUGAUACACUGCGUCUACGAGCUCUACGGAGGCGCUCACUCGAGUAAACUACUGAGCGCGUUUGGAAAAUUGUUUCAAUCACAUCUCCAAAGAGAAGGUUUCACUCUAGGCAUAGAAGAUAUUUUGAUUCUACCAAAUGCCGGUGACAAACGUACGAAGUUCAUCAAGGAAUGUCGCACGAUUGGCGAAAGUACGCAGAAAGCUGCCUUAGAAGUGCCCGACGAUACACCGAUAGAAGAAGUAAAAGCACAACUGCAAAAGUCUUAUCUACGGAAUCCAAAGUUCCAAGCCAUCGUCGACCGGAAGUACAAAACUGCUCUGGAUGUAUUCACCAACGACAUAAACAAAACCUGUCUACCCGCUGGGCUGUUUAAAAAAUUUCCCGACAAUAACCUACAGCUGAUGGUCCAGUCCGGAGCCAAAGGUUCCACCGUUAACACUAUGCAGAUCUCCUGUUUACUCGGACAGAUAGAAUUGGAGGGGAAAAGACCACCGCUCAUGAUCAGCGGUAAAAGUCUUCCCGCUUUUGCUCCUUACGAUCCGACACCACGAGCUGGUGGUUUUAUAGACGGUCGUUUUAUGACGGGCAUCCAACCGCAAGAAUUCUUUUUCCACUGCAUGGCAGGUAGAGAAGGUCUGAUCGAUACUGCUGUGAAAACGAGUAGAUCCGGAUACCUGCAACGAUGUUUGAUCAAACACUUGGAGGGCUUGACCGUCUCCUACGAUUCAACGGUUCGCGACUCCGAUGGGAGCUUGAUCCAGCUGAACUACGGAGAAGAUGGUCUCGACGUACCGAGUUCCCAAUUUUUGAAAAAGGAGCAGCUGGACUUCCUGGUUGACAACAAAAACGCCAUUCUCGAACCAGAACUGUUGAACGGCUUGCGGGAUUUGAGCACGCAAAAAAUAUUGAAAAUCGGAAGGAAGAUACAGAAAUGGGUAAAGAAGCACGGUAGUCCAUUGCAGAAACGAAGGACGAGCGAAUUCGUCGAAUUUUGCACUGAACACUCGGGGAGCGACGUACUCAAACACAGCAAGAUCAUCGAAUCCUGCGGGAGGAGCAAGGGUGCUCUGAUCCUGAUGAAGAAAUGGAUAAAAUCUGACGAGGAGACGAAGCUAAAGUACAAAGACAAAUGCACGCACUGUCCCGAUCCUCUGUUUUCUCGUCACACCCAGGAUUCCAACUACGGAGUUUUAACCGAGAGGGUGGAGGGUUUGAUCAACGAUUACCUUUCGAGUAAACGAUCUCCGAUCGACAAAGAUCAGUUGCGAGAUAUUCUCUCUUUGAAAGUGAUGAAGAGUCUCUGUCAACCGGGGGAACCGGUGGGAUUGUUGGCGGCGCAAUCGAUCGGAGAACCUUCGACUCAGAUGACUCUGAACACCUUCCACUUUGCCGGACGUGGAGAGAUGAACGUCACCCUCGGAAUCCCGAGGCUCCGAGAAAUCCUGAUGAUGGCUUCGCAGAAUAUAAAGACGCCGUCGAUGGAAAUACCGUUCAAAUCACAGCUGCCCAAACUGGAAAAACGGGCCGACAAACUACGGCUGAAACUGACGAGGUGCACGCUAGCCAACGUAUUGACCAACGUCAACGUCGACGGGUGUCUGGAACUCUGGCCGCAGAGGAGAAUGGUUUACACGUUGACCAUGCAGUUCUUACGCCGUAAAAGCUAUAAGCGAGAAUAUUCGGUUCAACCGAUAUACGUCCUGACGAAAACGGAAAAUUCGUUCUUCCGAGACGUCUUCAGAGAGAUAAAGAAGUCUGCCAAAGCCUCCGGGGCCUUGUUGCACGUGGAAGAGGAUAAGAAACCCGUCGACGACGAUCAGCUGGACGCCAACGAGUCGGAGAUCAGUGACGCGAAUCGGCGAAGAGGCAGACUGGAUUUGGGCGAGACGCACGAAUCUUCCGACGAGGACGAACCUGCGGAAGAUGCGGAUGCGACGACGGCCAGAUCCAUCGCUAGGCACCAAGAAAAUCAGGAAUACGAGGACCCGGAGGAGGCGAGCGACGAGUCCGACGACGAGAUCGAAGACGACGACGACGACGAGGCCGCCGAGGCGCAAAAUGAAGAAAAGCAGGAGAAGGACGAGGACGAAGCCGACGAUCUGGACGUCGCGAACCGGAGGAAAAAGGUUAUCGACAUGUAUCCCAACGCGAUCGACUAUGAAUUUGACAAGAAGAAAUACCUGUCGUGCAAGUUGAAAUUCUGGCUCCCGCUACGGAUGGCGAAGCUAGAUCUGUCCCGGAUCCUCAGAACAGUCGCGGAAAAGGUCGUACUCUGGGAAACUCCUCUGAUAAGGAGAGCGUUUACAUUCCAAAAUGCGAGUGACGAGACCAUUUUAAAAACCGAUGGACUGAACAUAGUGGAAAUGUUCAAGUAUAACGAAAUCCUGGAGCUGAACAGAUUGUACUCUAACGAUAUCUACGGUAUUUCACAAACCUAUGGGAUCGAAGCAGCGAACAGAGUCAUCGUCAAGGAAGUAAAAGACGUGUUCAAAAUGUACGGAAUCACCGUCGACCCACGACACUUGCUGCUCAUCGCUGACUACAUGACGUUCGAUGGAACUUUCCAGCCAUUGAGUCGAAAGGGAAUGGAGAAUUCUGCUUCUCCGCUGCAGCAAAUCAGCUUCGAGAGCUCCCUCACUUUCAUGAAAAAUGCUGCUGUUCAAAAUAAGAAAGAUGAUCUUUCUUCCCCAUCGAGUCGUUUGAUGUUGGGUCAGCCUUGCAAAUCUGGAACAGGACUGUUCACUCUGAUGAAUCGAAUGGACGCGGAGUUGACGGCGCAAUAAAGGUGGAAGAACGAUCAGGACUUCCGCCCGAGAAUGCAUUUGUGACUGAAAUAAAUAAGAUCGAAACGAAAGCAACAAUACCAACAACAGACGUAAUAAACAAGAUCAAUUAUUUUUUGUCACCUUCAAAAAUACUAAAAGGUCGUACAUUAUUUAUCCAAUUGGAGAAAUGCAUAUUUUGUAACGCCCACACUUUAUUCAAUAAUUCGAAAGUUGAUGACGAUUGUGUGUGGUUUUUUUUUUGUCACGAUCUACAAAUGGCGUAAAUCGUUGUUGUACAAUACAUCGUUUAUUUGUAUACUAUAAUCUGGAAGUAUCGUUGAAUACAUCCGUAGAAUAGAAGAAUCAAUCGGCUUAUUUUUGUUUUUUGUCUUUUGCAAAUCCCAAAGCGGUUGGAUAUUUUCUAAAGGCUGAAUUUGGCUUGAAUAAAUUCUCUUCGUGCACCUCAUUGCCGACAAAAGCGGAAAAGGUGCCCCUGCGUUUAGUCGAUGACAUCGGUAAAAGUUAUUUUUCAGUGAUUAGCAUCUUUUCUUUCCAUCCGUGUGGCAUUUUACUUUUUUUCUGUCUACGCCAAGUUACUCAAGAUUCGAUUCUGUUUCUGUUUCUGUUACUGUCUCUUUCUCUUGUUCUUUUUCUGUUUCUGUUCCUUCUCUACAAAAAAACGAACAAGUAUUUUAUUACGGUUCAAACUACUGGCACAAUGUAAACAGUGCGGCAUUCCAUUGGCGUGAACGUUUUACGUGCGACAGCUAGAGAUGCUUCAGGCCAUGCCUCCUAUGGUUGACAAAGUUUCAAGUGCAAUGUAAAAAAAAGACGUUAAAUAUAACCAAUAAUAAUACUAACAACGGUUGAUUAUAGUGUACAUUCUGUUUAAACGAUGCUGUGCGAUAAUGUCUUAAAAUGUUUGUCGAUGUUUCGUUACUGGUAUAAUAAUUAUUGUGCCAACCGAUAGGUGCGACAACAAUGAAGCUCGGCUGAGAGAAAAUAUUUCGCGCAACUUGAUUUGUUUACAUGCAUUACAUAUAUAUA